AUGCCGCAUUACGACGAAUGUUCGUUGAAUUCCAUCUCAUACUCUUUGAUUCAAACCGAACAAAUUCCUGGAGACUUUUCUGGUAAAAAUUUGGAGAGAAGGAUCUGAAAACACGUGGGAUUUCAGAUGAUUCGUGUACUUGUGGACACGACGACCAUGCUUUCGGAGACACUUUUCAGUAGGAGAACACUUCAAGACAAUCGAGAAUUUGUAGUUUCAGCCCGAUUAAAAAGGAUAGACAGGAUUCGUACUCGAGACUGGAAAGCACUAAGAACUACGGCACAGCCACGGAGCACGAGCUUCUGAAGCCGUAUCCGAAGCACGUGGCCGAUCGGUUCGAAGCGGAGUACGAUUACUGCUUUCGCUGGGCUUCCGAUCACAAAUUCAUCGCCGCCAAGGUGAUUCCGUUCCAGUCGAACUUUUAUUCCGUCGUUCGGCUGAUGUUCAAAGGACGAAGUAAGUGUCAAUAAACACGAAUUCUGUUCAUUUCCAUUUCAGACUGGGUUCUGGACUGUGCAAACUACGACGGACAAUACGAUUACUGUGGAUGGCUGCCCAGUUCGCCGCCGUUGUCGAAUCACAAGUUGCUGAUCCCCAAAGGACAGUCUCUUCUCAGCGACUCCUCCGAGUUCACCAACUAUCGCGAGGAAGCAGGAAAAGUGAUGACUCUGCAUCCUUCGGACACCAUCUACGGAAUGCGGUCGCUCAGCACGGACUACACAGACGACUCCGUACUCUCCAAGGAUCCCAUCGGUGAUCAGUCACUUUGGUGGCCUCAAUAUCAUCAAUGAUUUCAGACUAUGACAUCUACAAGGCGGUGGGCGUAUCGUCGGAGUCUGAAAUGCAGAACAGUCUCCAUUCGACCCUCGACAACCUGUCACCGAUUCCUGGUAACUACCAAAUGGCGAUGCGGUCCGUGAGUGACAUCUCGACUGGAUCCAGUCUGAAAGCGGUCUUCCACGAUCUCGUCGAGUUGGAUGAGCUGUUCGCGCAGCAAGUUGAGCAAGCUUCGAGAAGUUCGCUCGAGGAGUACGUCAACUGUCUCACGACUGCCCAUUCGUUUUCGGAGAGCGUCAUCGCUUCUUCCCGUGAUAGCUUUGAAUGGAGUUCAUCUAGAAAGAAUGUUGUUUUCAGUGGCCGAGUCGAAGUCGGAAUCCCAAGUGAUCGGGAGCGUGGAAGUGGUGAAACCGUCAAAGGGAUUGGCGCAGUUGGCGUGUUUGGCCGGAAGGAAACUGAACAUCGUAUUCUGGAAGAACUGGUCCAAGAAGUGA